GCACAGUAGUGGUGGCCCACUGCCCCUAUCUUCAUCUUCAGCGACGGCGAGCAAAGCAUACAAAACCAGCGCAAAACCAACAACGGCAAUGGCUGAUUGAUUCUGCUCCAGCUACUGCUACUGCUACUGCGUGCGAAGGAAGAAGAAGAAGAAGAUGUUAAGCUGCUUAAACCUCAAUCGCUUCUCUCACUUCCCCUCUCACACUUCUCUUCCACCAUCUCGUUCCGAUUUACUCAAAGCUGCAACUCGAAGAUUUGUUUUGACUGUAACCAAAACUGACUCCAACAUAGUAACCACCAAGACACAACAAUCACCUCCAACCUUGUCAAUUGAUAUAGAUAACCCUGCCAGUGUCAAGAGGCAGUUAGCACAGUUGUUUGAGGUGUCUUUGAGAGCAACUGUGCCUGAUGAGAUUGAUGUUGCGCCGUUAGUUGAAGCUUGCGCCUCGAAAGGUGGUGUCAAAUUUGGUGAUUAUCAAUGUAACAAUGCGAUGGGUGUGUGGUCGAAGAUAAAAGGGAAGCAGACAGAAUUUAAGGGUCCCCCGGCGAUUGGGCAGGCCAUCAUUAGCAAUCUUCCUCCAUCUGAAAUUAUAGAUUCGUGCUCUUUAGCUGGUCCUGGAUUUGUGAAUGUUGUCUUGUCAAAGAAUUGGAUAGCACAGGGCGUACAGAGGAUGUUAUCUGAUGGUAUUGAUAUGUGGGCACCUCGACUUCCGAUCAAGAGGGCCAUGGUUGAUUUUUCCUCACCUAACAUAGCAAAGGAAAUGCAUGUUGGGCACUUGAGAUCUACCAUAAUUGGGGACACAUUAGCUCGUAUGCUUGAAUUUUCACGGGUGGAAUUUAUCAUCCGCCGGAAUCAUGUUGGUGACUGGGGAACGCAGUUUGGAAUGCUGAUUACAUACCUCUUUGAAAAGUUUCCAAACCUCGAUGAUGUUAGUGAAGCAGCCAUUGGAGAUCUUCAGGCAUUCUAUAAGGCGUCGAAAGUGAGGUUUGAUGAUGAUCCUGAAUUUAAGCAGAGAGCGCAGCAGGCUGUGAUCCUACUCCAGGGGGGAGAUAUCAAGUAUCGCAAGGCAUGGCAACAGAUUUGUGAUGUUAGUAGGGCUGAAUUUGACAGGGUCUAUCAACGGCUUGGAGUUCGAUUGGAGGAAAUGGGAGAGAGCUUCUAUAAUCCAUAUAUCCCUGGGGUUUUGGAGAAACUCGAUAAAUUAGGACUGAUUGAAGAUAGUGAUGGUGCUCGUGUGAUCUAUGUUGAAGGUGUGAAUAUACCACUUAUUGCUGUAAAAAGAGAUGGUGGCUACAACUAUUUUUCAACUGAUCUAGCAUCACUUUGGUAUCGUCUAAAUAAAGAAAAACUUGAGUGGAUUGUGUAUGUUACAGAUAUUGGGCAGCAGCAACACUUUGAUAUGCUAUUCAAGGCCUUUAGGCGUGCAGGUUGGCUGCCACGUGAUGAGAACGCAUAUCCAAAAUGUACUCAUAUAGGUUUUGGUCUUGUUCUUGGUGAUGAUGGAAAACGGUUUCGGAGUCGCAGCAGUGAGGUUGUUCGAUUGGUUGAUUUGCUUGAUGAAGCUAAAAGGCGCUGUAAAACUGCCCUUCUUGAACGUGAUACAGCUAAGGAUUGGUCUGAGGAGGAGAUUGACAAAACUGCAGAGGCAAUUGGUUAUGGGGCUGUUAAGUAUGCUGACUUGAAGAUCAACAGAUUAACGAAUUACACAUUCAACUUCGAUCAGAUGCUUAAUGACAAGGGGAAUACUGCUGUUUAUUUGCUGUAUGCACAUGCAAGGAUCUGCUCUAUUAUCAGGAAAUCUGGUAAAGACAUGGAAGAAGUAAAGAAAAAUGGGAUUAUAGUGUUGGAUCAUGAAGAUGAGCGUCUACUGGGACUUCAUUUGCUACAAUUUCCUGAGGUUUUUGAGGAGGCUUGCAUCAAUUUAUUGCCCAAUGUGUUAUGUGAAUACCUCUAUAAUUUGGCAGAAAUCUUCACCAAAAAGUUUUAUUCUAAUUGUCAGGUUGUUGGAUCACCUGAGGAAACUAGCAGACUCUUGCUUUGUGAAGCAACUGCAAUUGUGAUGAGAAAAUGCUUUGAUCUCCUUGGCAUUAUACCUGUUUACAAGUUGUAACCCAUCUGAAGGAGUUCAAAUUCAAUUAUUUUUUCAUAUUCUUCUUUUAUGGGGUACACUAGUGUAGGAAACUUCCAAUUUUUUUUUCUUCCACUUUUCUAUUUUUAUUGUACAUGAGGUGAAAGAAGGAAAGUAGUGAUUUUUUGUUGUAACGGUGAUAAGGCCCCUUUAAAAAUUAUUUCCUUGUUGUAAGACAUAUAUUCAGUUUUACUUGUUUUCCAAGUGAAAUAACAAGAAUUUUGCAUGUA